AUGGCAGACGUGUCUACGGAAUCUAGGAAAAUUCCUGGGAGGACCAUUGAAUACCCAGUCAGCGUGACCUUCCUCGAUUUUUAUAAGAAGGAAGCUAUUGAAAACUGCAUUAACAACCUCGUGCUAAUGGACAGGCACUACCUCAACUUCAACAGGAAGUUUGUGACAGCUGUUAACAAGAGAAAGGAGAGAGUUAAUGAUAUUGUCAAAAGAAUCGCAACUAUUACAGCCAAGUUCAAGGUCCUGGAGGAUGUAAAGAAGGCUAUCAGAAUUUCCGCAUCAAAGGCAUACCCUCUGAAGAGAGACAAAAGAUUCACCCAGUCCGUUCACUUUGACGAGGGUUUUGACCCAAAAGAAGAAGAAAUGGAUCCUAAUUAUAAUAAGAUCUAUGGGCGUAGACUUCUACAUGAGGUUGGAGAACUUGGAAACCGAGUUGAAAUCUCCAUGCAAGAUCUAUCAAAUCUCAUACAGAUGUACAAGGAAUUCAACCUGGAGAGAGACAUUAUUGGAGAGAUGGCUAAAAGCAAGCGACAAGAAAGUGAGUCAGUCCUAGGAAGGACUCCUUCCGGAGUUAAGAACGUUUCUGAAUUGCUUCUCUUUGACUCCUCUACUAACGUGUACUCUGACGUAAAUGUUAAACUCUCAGAUAUUAAGAUUGAAAAGCCAAAGACAAGGAAGCAGAUCAAGAGAGAACAAAGGGAAAAACUUAAGCAAAAGUUGAAGGAGAAAAACAUGAGAGAACGAAUGAGCAAUAGCACUAACAGUGAUGCACUCCAAGCUGCUCCAUCAAGUAUAGUAAAAAGAGAAGAAAAGGAAAUCGUUAAGAAAGAUGAAAUCUCCUUUAUCCCUGGUCUAAAGGAUAUGCCACAGCAUAAUUUUGGGCAUAAACUCAACUUAGGAGUUGAACUUUAUGACUUUACUGAUGAACAAGAAAUUCUUGGAGGAGAAGGAAGUCAUAUUAGAGUCAAUAAUUUAAGCGAUACUGAGAACAUCAUUGCUCCGAAUAAAGUUAAAGAAAAGGAAAAGAUGGAGAAAAUGAAUGAAAGUCAGAUGACAGAUAAUACAGCCAAUAGAGCCAAGUAUCUAAAGCAAAGAUUCUUUGAAGGAAACAAUGUUUAUAAGGAUGCUCCAAUUGAUAUGAUUAUUAAAGAGAAGAAGGGACUUCUUGAUGAAGAGGGAGAUCCUUAUUCUGAGGCUGGUCCAGACGGGCCAAAUGAAACUGAAGUACCUUUAAAUACUCAAAAUACUACAUAUGACACACAGCAAACUGCUCAAACUGAACAGCCAGGACAAACACCAGGUCCUCCAGCUCCACCUGGUCCACCUGCUCCUCCUGGCCAACCUCAAAAUACAGGUGGGCCUCCUCCCCCACCUGGUCCUCCAGCUCCACCAGGACAAGCACAGGCUCCAGGAGGACCGCCUCCACCUCCUGGCCCUCCUGGGCAAGCAGCUCCUUCUGGAGCUCCUGCACCUCCAGGACCUCCUGCUCCUCCUCCACCAGGACAAAUUGUGUCUGCAAGUUCAGGAGGAACAGCUCCUCCACCACCUCCAGGAGCAGGCGGGUUACCUCCUCCACCUCCUCCCCCACCACCCCCAGCUGGCAACAACCAAGGUAAGAAAUACACUGGGCACUUAACCUCAAAAGCCCCUGCAAAGCAAACCCCACCACCAGGUCCACCUGCUCUGCCUUCUCAGCCUAAGACUUCCCCUCCAGGCCCACCUGGACCCCCAGCUCUUCCUCAAAUUUCCCCGCCAGGACCGCCAGGACCGCCUGCACCACCUGCACCUCCUGCACCUCCUGCACCUCCUGCACCUCCUGCACCUUCUACCCAACAGACAUCUGCUCCUCCCCUACCGCCUCAGUCACCUGUUCCUUCAGAGGUAUCAGCGUCUGCUCCUUCACUUCCGCCGCAACCAAGUACAGGUCCGCCAAUGCCGCCUUUACCGGGGCAGAGCCCAGGCUUGCCAUCUUUGCCAGGUGCUGAUGGUAUUCCGCCGCUGCCACCGACAGGAGCUCCAUCGAAUCCCGAUGACUCACUGAUGGAUUAUAGUGGAAACCCUGAUGAAUCUAUAUUGUCAAAUGUCAGCCAGAUGCCUGAUAGCGAUCUAGGAAUGGCCAUAAAGGAGAUCAGAGCUCCAGUCCCACAAGUACCACCUCAAGGAAAAGGUAGAAGACUUACGUUCCAAGAGGAACUUCUUAUGCGGAGCCAGAAUUUGAGCACUACUACAAGAAAGUUAAAGCCUAAGGAAGAAGUUAGCAAAGAAGGAAUGAGUGGUAUCUUAGCCCAAGUGCAAAUGAGAAUGGCAGCCCUAGGAGAAACUGGUAAAGUCACAAGGGCUAACAAUCCUAUUGAUGAAGACUCAGGUGAAGAAGGAAGCAGUUCUGAUGAUUUCGAUUAA